UGUCUGCCGCGCCCUGUCGAACCAUCCGUCAGUACAUUCUAGUGCAGUCCAUAACGUGACAUGUUCCACACUGUAGACUACUGUCCGCGUUGUUCCCUGCGGAUGUCGCAUGCGUCACAUCUACAGCGGUGGAGAACCUGCCGUGGCCUGCCCCAAGCUCGGUUUCAACGCGGCGGCCAUCCACGACGAUGCCAUGACCGCCAGCUGGCUCGCUUUCCAGCAGCAAUCGGGCCUGUUCGGCCUCCGUGCCGCCGAAUCCUGCCCACCAACCGAGUGGGAGGAUAGAUGCCCGCCCGGGGCGACCAUGCUUCUGGCGGAGAAGAGGAGGGGCGGGUGCCGCGCGGCCGGCUGCAUUGCGGCGGGCGGCGAGCUCAACGACGUGAGAGGGGGUGGAUCAAACAACUGGAAAGACAAGGCACACGAUCAAGCUGCUGGACGUCGGAAAACACAUCAACGUGGAGCUAAAGGAGAGCGCGCUAACAACGGAUAAUCUGGUGCAUGCAGCAACCUGGAACUUGGUGCUGGCAUGCUUAUGCUACCAACAAGUCCGUGAAGAAACACAUGUUUGCAUUGGAAUUAUGAGUGAUUGGUAAGGAUGAGACUAUUGUUGCAAGAGUGAGUACAGGAAAUAUGGUGGGAAUUGACUGGAACAGAAAGAAGAGCGAGGGAUUGAAGGAGGAUUUGUAUGGAAGGAACUGUAGGCAGCAGGCAUGAGGAUGACAUGGACAACAAUGAGAAGCCUUUUGAGUGGACGACAUGAGAGUUGAGAGCGAAAGGUUGAUUGGAUUGAUGAGAGUAUUAUGUAGUCAAUUCACGAGUGGUUUAUGUGGGGUUGACAGCAUGUCAAACAUGAUUGUUGGGAUCACGACUGCUGUAGAUUGAUGAAAUGUAAUUGUAGAAAUUAACAGUGAGACUACACAGGUAGACAAAUGGCUACCCGCCCAGAUUCCUCUGAGGAAAAAUAAUCUUCUAGAGGGUUCGAAAUCCUCUGGAGGAUAUUUUACCCUCUAGAGGAUUUGUGCACGAUAUGCUCCGAGGGAAAAACCUCAACAAAGCUCGGAGGGGAGACAAUCGGCCUCUUCCGAGGAUAUCAAACGAAAAAUCCUCCCGAGGGUACGAUAUACAGCAUCCUCCAGAGCAUUGCCUGAGAAACGUUACUCUGGGGGUUACAUAUCUGACGUAUUCCUCGGAGGGUUGCCCUAGAGGAAAAAUGUCGAACAGUUCCUCGGAGGGCAACACUUAACAAUCCUCCAGGGGGAACUUGAAAUUUGAACCCGCUGGAGUUGACUGGAUUACGAUUUCCCCUCGGAGGAAGCCAUCCUUGCUUCGUCGAGGCGUAACAGUAGUGUAAAUUUCCUCCUGGGGAAAAAGCCCUAAAGUAUUCCUCCAGAUGUAUCUGACAUGCAUUCCUCCGGAAGGUGGCGCUGGUCUAUAAGUUACUCAAGAGGUUACUGCUGGACAAGCGCGUAAACUUUCCAGCGCACAUGCUGCGGUGCUGCUGCGAGACCCAGCCCGAGGAUGGCUCCUCGCCCGUGCCCGCUGUACACAAAGAGGAAGCGCAGGCAGCAGGUGUGCGCGGAGGAAGGCGCCGUGCAUGGGCACAGCAAAUGGCCAAAAGGCGGUCGGGGGAGUCGGGGCUCCAACACGGGGUGUCCCGAUUCAGACACGAGCCCCCUUUGGCCGUUGUUUGCUUUGGCUUCCUGCCUGCUUCUGCCGUUGGCUCAAACACGCACCCCGGCACGCACAUAUGCACUAUGAGCGAUGAGCACCAGCCUCCGCAGACCGCUGCCACUGUACAUCGGCGUCCACACACCACAGCAUCAUGAUCCGAGUAAUGCGUGCCAUCCUGCUUGGUUUUCCCGAGCAAGGCUCUGACAACAAGGGACCUGGAAAAAGCCAUGGCCUGGACGAGACAGAGAGAGGACCAUCUCCUCCUGACGAUCGCGCGGCUUGUUCGAGGAAACCUCGGACGCGACAAACCGCAGCAGCGGCAGCUUCAGCAGCCGGUACUUGUCCGCCUCGAGGGCGGGGAGGUCGAGCCUGUCCGCGACCACCGGCAGGGGCGUCGGCGACAAAGGGGACCCGCCGUUUGACAUGAUGGAACUGGGAGCGAGCACGGGCGGGGCGGCGGCGCCCGCGCCGGUGGUGACAGUGGACCCAGACACGGACGAUAGCCCAUGACGAAUCUCGCACCGGCUAAACAAAAGCCGCAGCAGCAAAGGAGGGAUUGCGGCAGGAGAAACGGGGACGGCCACAGCAGCGGCAGCAGCAGACGAGGCAGCGCCAACAGGGUGGAGGAGAGCUACACUCUUAGAGAGGACGGGGACGGGCAGAAUUGGACUAUCACGCGAUAGCGGUGGCGAGGAGAGUUGUAUACAAGGGAGCAGGAGAGGACUGGAGUGGGCAACCAAGACCACGGGCAACCAAUGAAGCGGAGGCUCGGAAGAUGGUCAAACAGAGGCUCGGGGGUGGUUGAGUGGGGAGCUGUGUUGUUGCUUUUUGACAUUUGAAGGUUGGGGUGUAGGAAUCCACAGGGAACCUUGCUGGUUGCUUCGUUUUUUGUGAAUACUUGUGGCUACUUUAUUCGUCCCCCCUGUUGUGUUUUGCGCGUGGUGAUGGGAGAGCCUGGUCCGGUGAGAACCCGGCGUGCUCCGUCCCGGCUUUGUAGGGAUGUGAGGUCAAUGGUCUAACGACUACGGCAUGCACGACUAUCCCCCCUCCCCCCCCUGUUGUGUUGUAUUGGUGUGAUGAGGUAGCCGGUUCUCAAGCUUAAUAUCUGCUGCACCCGCUGUUCCCGCAUAUGCAUAGGAGGUGGCCUGCAAAAUGUUUCUGUUAUGGCCGACCGUGUGUUGUACCGAGACUUUGGGGCUGUCGCGCGAACGCAUAUCGGUGAAGAAUUGUGCCUUUCCGGUGCAUUUGCGAUGCUGCGAGGGUGCGUUUCGGGCACGGUUUUGCUAUCAAAGCAGAGGCUUGGCAAUAUUCAGCAUUCUGCCAAGGGUCGAGUCUUGGAGGCUUCGCCGAUGAUGCGUCACGGCCCUAGUAUACUUGUCGCUUGACAGUCGGCAAGAUUUGAGAGUUCGUAUCGCGUUUUGUUUUUGUUCGGACAUGGUUGAAGACGAUAGCAGUUUUGGUUUUGGACUUCGGAAUUUUCUGGCACAUGUUGGUAGUUUGUCCGUGGGGAACUUUCGUAUUCUAUUAUGUUGCCUGUUUGACUCAGGAUGAUGUUUUUUCUUUCAUCAAAGCUUCUCGGACUCAGACUCAGAACUAUGCCCGUACGUGUCUAGUGAUGUUUUCAGCAACGCCGUGUACGUUCCCAUGCACCUAUUUGCAGUUCGGUUCUUACAGCAGUUAACGGGGACGUCUUUCGACUUGUCUAUUGAGGAAUGAAUGCUGACGGUGCGACGGCCAACGAGAUACUACUUUGCCCUGGUGUAGGGGCGGGAUGUCGUUUUCAUUGGCAGAUUCUCUCAGGCACGUUCAUAGACAGUCGUUUUUCUUCGUUCGUCAGUUUUCCGUUGCGGGGAUGUACCCCGCACACUUGUUACCCACGCAUGUUUGUGUGUUUUUUGUUUCCAAGUUGAUGGGGAUAGUCUUUGACUUGGCGACAUACCGUUGGGCGAGGUGAUACGCAACGAAGUGUAGUGCUUUGGUCUAGAGAUUUCGGUUUGUUUUUUUGUUGAUAAGGCACUGUGCUUCUCUUUGAGCACGUGCGUAUAUAGGCAGCCGUGUGCUUCGGUGGUUCUCAAUUGUUUCGUCCUUGUUUUCGUCACGGGGAUGCACCUAUUCCGUACUAAGUCGUAAGAUGUUCGUGAUUUGGUAAAGAGAUUUGGAAAGUUGCCCUGUUUCAACGUCGAAGGCCGUAGUAACUUGUCGAUGCUUGAGCUUUUGUUUUUCUGUACAGUCGAAACGUGCCGCCUCUUGGUUCCAAAUCUUUGGAGCGGAAAUUUGAAACAUUAUUGGUUCGUUUAAAACGGCCCUUAACCUGGUGUGUGUUGCUUCUAAGCGAUCAAUUCGAAUAUAUCUAUGCAACGGGCGUAAGUUGUACACCCCCCUCAGAGAAUAUUAUAAGAGAGCGACAAAAGUGACAUGAACAGCAGAAGGUGCAUGUUUCCCAGCAGUCUCCACUGGAAGAAACGCACCACAUGCUCCGGGGGAUAUAUUGUCCCCCACUCCCUCCCGAGGAAGUUCUCUGGCUAUUCCUCUGGAGUUUUUCUUUGGAAUCCAAACCGCAAUCCUCAGAGGAUUGCCCAAGAAAGCGGAUCCUCUGAUUUGGUAAAAACGUGAUCCUCCCCAGAGGAAACCCCUCACCCAAAACUCUGGAGGAUCACCUUCCUAAAUCCUCUGGAGGAAGUUGUAAUGUAUUCCCCGUGGAGUAUUUCUUCCAACGAUCCUCCAGAGGAUUUCGAACAGUGAUCCUCCAGGGCUUUGGGUGAGGGUUUCCUCUGGGGGGAUAACCUUUUUACCAAAUCAGAGCUUCCGCUUUUUUGGGCAAUCCUCUGAGGAUUGCCGUUUCACCUAUCCU